CACACAGCAAAUGUGACGUAGGAGAACCAGGACCAAUUGGCUUCCAGCAUGGGCGAGUCAAACACAGGUAACGGACCCAAAAAUCCCUCCGUCUGCUGUAUGGAUGAUAAUUAUGUAUAAUUAUCUGAAACGUUAUGAGUUUAGGUGUUUUCCGUACAGGGAGACGACAAUGCCGACCACCGAUGUAGAAAUACACUGAAGUAAGUCAGUGAGAUGUCUCUGGCUCAGAGGGUUUUGUUGACCUGGGUCUUCACCCUGGUCUUCCUCAUCAUGUUAGUACUGAAACUGGACGGGAAGGUGCAGUGGAACUGGUUCCUCAUCUUCCUCCCGGUCUGGGUAUUUGAUGGCAUCCUGAUCCUCAUGCUUGCCAUCAAGAUGGCAGGCCGUUGCAAGCCCGGGUACGAUCCACGCAAUGGCUCUCCCGAUCUGCGUCUGCGUGCCUGGUACCUGACGGCCAUGCUGCUUAAGCUGGGCUUCUGCCUGACGCUGUGCGCCAAGCUGGAGAAGCUAGCUGAUGUUAAGCUGACAUUUGUGUGUAUACCACUGUGGACCAUGUUGCUAGGGGCGCUGGUGGAGCUGGGGCUGAAUAUCUUUCCUGAAAGGAGAGAGGCCUAAGAGCGAUGAAUCAGUAUACCAACAACAAACAAACAAAAACUAUCAAAAAAUGGUUGAGAAUGUUGUUGUUGUAUGACCAAGACUUUGUGAAAAUUAGUGCUUUUGAUUUGGCCUGAUUAUGUUUCCAGAAGACUGAGGCUCAAAAAUGAAUCAAAUCAUUAUAUUAGUAUUCAUGUGAAGAACAAGAGAAAAAAUCAAAAUCAUAGUGUGUGCAGACCACACAAGAGUAUGUUGUGAGAGCUUCAGCAUGAAUUUUUAAAAAUGUUUCUUUCUUUCUCUAUGCCAGAAGGGGAUCAACUGUAAAUGCAUAAGUCUACUGUGAAGCCUACACUAAAAGGAAACUUUAACAUUCUCUUAUGUUUGCUUUUGAACUCCAGAUGUUCAGUAUUGUUAUGUAUAUAAGCUGCUCUCGUAAAGAAGGCCACACAGGGAGGACGUGAACAGUAUUUAAUUUUGACUCCACUUCCUUUAUAUAAGCUGCAGAACAUUAACAAUCACUCUUGGUACCAAAUCAUGGAGUGUACCCUUUGUUACAUACAUAUGCUUUAGAUAUUGUAUGUGUCUUUUCUUUUCAUUCCUGAUCUGUGCAGAGUAGUCGGCCAAAUAUUAUUUCACAGGUUAUGAAUUUAGAGGUGUUUGGUACAACAGCUUGAUUUGGUAUCAAUCACAUAAGGAAAUUGGAUAAUUGAAGAAAUCAGUUCAGGACAUUAAAGCAUCUUUGAAGAACUUGUGAUUUUUCCACAGGCUACCCUCUCCACUCUGUACAAUGUCUCUUUUGUACCUUGUAAAUCAUCAUGUGCCCCAUGAAAAACAUUAAGCUGUUAUUACAGUAGCUACAAGGUCUGUAGUCACUAUGAAAAAAAAAAACACAUUGACAUUUAUCAUGUGAAAGAUCAUGGUAAUAUUGUAUAUUAAAUGUAUUUAUUAGGGUGCAAACGUGCAUCAGAAUACCUUCUACUAGCUAGUAUUGUGUCAUUGUUUAUAGUUCAACUUUAUGCUACGGCUGACACUGGCAUGCAUGCCAUUUGUUUUGUGCCAUUUGAUUGUUUAUUUCAAAUACAUUCUUUGCAUUAUUUUGCACUAUGGUAAAAUGAAAAGGAAUUGGUGUUUUGAGAUUGAAAGUAUUUGAUAAUUAUUGCACAUCUUUUAAAAGAGUAAAUUGGAUUCUGUAUAUUAAAAGCUUGGUAUUUGUAUCAAAUAAAUACACAUUCAAGUGUUGUCAUACACAGAAA